AUGUCCAACUCUAGCGGUAAGUACCCUGCUUUUCCUGAAAUUUCCCCGGAUGAAAUUGAGUCUGUAUUGAUGCCAGAAGUUAGCCAAUGGGGUCUGACCAAUGGUUUGGCAAUGUAUCCACCAAACUUCAACAUUUCCCAGGGUCAGUUAGCCCCAACCACUCUGUAUCCAACACCUUUUCCUCGCCAAAGUUUCGAGCAGGCAAUUUCGGUCCAAACGCUGUACAAUGAACUUUAUGCCAAGAUUUCUCAGGACCAAGACGGCUGGCUCAGUAAGCGGAUUGGCGAGCUAGCUGAAUUUGAUCCUGAAUUCACGGGAAAGCUGUGGAAUUUGUACUUGGACGCGAAAAAGAGAGGUAUUUCUCAACCAUUAGCACUUGGACUGUUUAGAUCAGACUAUUUGCUGGAUGCUGAAACGUAUUUGGCUAAACAAGUCGAGUUUAAUACAGUGUCGGUGUCUUUUGGUGGGCUGUCAACAAAAGUAGGGCAACUUCACAGAUUUUUGAACGAAACAGGCAAAUAUUCCCUUGACACUGGCGCGCCAUUUUAUCAGCAAGAAAUUCCAGUGUCCGAUUCUACUGCUUUGUUAUCCAAUGGUAUUGCAGAAGCGGUAAAAAAAUUCAAGACCGCAGAAACGCACACAUUAGUGGCCUUUUUAGUUCAAAAAGGUGAACGGAAUGUGUUUGAUCAGCGGGCCUUGGAAUAUGAGCUUUUCCAGAAACAUAAGAUCAAGUCUGUGCGUUUGACUAUACAUGAAAUUGGCAUCAAAACAACAAUUGAUGCUGCCACCAAAAGACUGUACUAUAAGGCCACAGGAGAAGAAAUAUCCUUGGUGUAUUUCAGAGCUGGAUACUCUCCCCAGGACUUUACAUGCGCCCAGGACUGGGAAAAUAGAUUAGUUUUGGAAACAAGCUACGCUAUAAAGGCACCAAACUUAUUGACGCAGCUAGCUGGAGUCAAAAAAAUCCAGCAGAUUUUAACCGAAGAUGCAAUUUUGAAGCAAUUCAUUCCUAAUGAUAAUGACCGCGAGAAACUUGCCACUUCAUUCGUGAAAUUGUACCCAUUGGACGAUUCAGAGUUAGGAAAACAAGCCAAGAAGAUGGCUCUAGCAUCGCCAGGGCGUUUCGUCUUAAAACCACAGAGAGAAGGAGGUGGAAAUAAUAUCUAUAAAUCUGAGAUUCCGGUUUUCUUGAAAAGCAUCGAUGAACGAGAUUGGAGUGGUUACAUCUUGAUGGAACUCAUCAAACCAGAGCCUACGACUCAAAACAUUGUAAUCAGAGGCAAUGAAAAUUUGCGAGAACCUAUUUUGAGCGAACUAGGAAUAUUUGGCUGGGUCCUUUUUGAUGACAAACAGCUUUACUUCAAUGAAUAUGCAGGAUGGUUAUUGAGGUCCAAAUCCAGUACGUCCGAUGAAGGUGGUGUGGCCGCAGGCUUUGGCUGUGUAGACAGUGUGGUUCUGUAUUGA